GAGAGAGAGAGAGAGAGAGAGAGAUAGGGAGAGAAUACCCUUAGAAAUUGUUAUUCUUUAUUUUGUUUUAUUUAUUCUAUUUUUUAUUAUGAAUGUUUGUGUUAAUUUUCUUUGGCAACAUUGAGCAGUCAUACCAAUAACCCAGUUGCUCUUCUCAAGUAAAUGAAAGGUUUCAGUAUUGACUAUAUAUAAGUAGUAAUACAGGAAAUUUCUUCCGGCUUCCAUAAAAAUACAGAAUAAAAGUCCUCCUGCAAGUUCAUUAGAUCCAAGCUGUCAGCUGUCAGCUGUCAGGAGGACCAAUACAUCAUGUGACUAUUUAUGAUUUACUAUACAGCUGCAAUGAUUCAUUGAUUAAUCGAUUAGUCGAGCAACAGAACUCUUGAUAAUGGAAUAAUCGGUUUAGUCUUACAUUAUGGAAAAGAACGAUUAAUUGAAUAAUCAAGAAAAUAAUCAGCAGAUUAAUCAUUAAUUAAAAUAAUCAUGAGUUGCAGCUCUAAUUUAGUAUUAUACUACUAAUUGCAAGUCUCAAUCUUAAAGAUAUUCUGUAUUUAUUUAAACAAACCCUUAUGUAAAUCUUGGUCCUAUACUCCAGGUCCAGGAUGGUUGAGAGUAGAGAAAAGGCAUCAAAACAGUAAACCUUGACGAAGUUUGGUCAGCCUUAACAAUUACUGUACUCUAAACCACCACUGGUUGCAGGCUGUUGAUACUCUCUCCUCUCUAGGUGUCUAUCAUGUCCGACUCGGUUCAGACCACCUCCGACAGUCUGUGUAAACUCGUCCGCUGGGCUCACAGCCACGGCACCAUCUGCAACCUCAUCCCCAGCCUGCAGCACUUCACCUGUGGGUCCUAUGGUAACGUGCUGACACCAGACCCUGGUCCCCAUGGCAGCAGUGUUCCUGUCGCUAUGUGGGGUUGUGGUGCCGGGCACGCCUACCACUGGCCCCUCAAUGACCAUGGCAGCGGCCGUGGAGGCUCAGCAAACACCAGCCAGAGCCAGGACAGGUUUGUUGGAGGGCGUCCAUCCAAUAAGGUGACAGUGAGGGCAUCAUGUGACCUCUCUUGUAGCGAAGCAGCAUCAGAGGCUGAGGAGUUCAGCAGCCAGCUGUUUGACAUGGCCGGCUGUGAUUCGUCGGCCACAGACGAUGAUGCCGACUAUGAGCCUCUGCCAUGCAGGAAAAGAGGAGGGGCACCGGGAGGAGCAGCUGCUGGGAAGAAGGUCAAGCAGGAAGUAACCUCAGCAGAGGAUUUUGACACUGCUGCUAACAUAGCUAGCACGGGGCUAGUUGUGACAGAUGCUGUCAAUGUUUUGCAGACUUGUCAGGCACCAAACACACACUCUCAAAUCACACACACACUGUUGCCCAACAAGACCCUCCCACCCUGCCCCCAGCCCCAGCAUGGACAGGAUCUGGGGUGUGAGGGAUUAGUGGACCCAGAGAUAGGGCUGCUGGGAGGAGGCAGCUGCAUAACAGGGACCACGGAGCAGGCUGAGGGAUGCAGCUCCGCCACAGGGACUACAGAGAAGACUUCAGGGGGGCAGAACGAGCUGGAGCAGCUGCAAGCGUUACUUUGUGCAGAACGCAGCCGCAACCAGCAGAUGACAGAGAUCAUCUCAAGUCUGAAGCAGGACAAAGAGCUGCUGCAGCAUGAACUCACCAAGAAAGCCGAGCUCAUCUGUGACUUCCUGCAGGACAAACUGCGGCCAGAGAAGAAGUGGCCUCGUUGCUCUAAUCAGAUGGAAGCGGGAAGUUCGCACAUGACCUCUCCUGAUGAUGUGGCUGGUUCUGAUUCGCAGACGCUGUUUGACUCAUUUGAGGAAAUGGAGCUUCACCCUCUGAAGCUCCACCGGAUCCCAAAGAGCAAGAGGAGCCGGGACGGAGAAAACACCCGAGUCAGGAUGAAAAACGUGGUGGGUGUGAUAGCGCGCUACAUGACUGCCCUCAAAGAGUUUCGCCGCGGCGUUUCCAUGAAGGUGGCCUUUGACCGGGUCGGUGUGGACCGCAACACCAUCUCCCGUACAGCGGCCAUAGCAGAGCUCAGCCUGGGCGCUCCGGAGGUGUUUCAUGCACUGGCACCGUGGGACGAGAAGGAGGAGACGCUGGCACAUUAUUCCCACCGCUGUCGACAGGCGAUGGAUGACAACAUUAAGGCCAAAAUUAAAACGAUGAAGGCAAAAGGCGAACUGCUGCCCAUCGUAUCAAAGUGACAAACAGAUAGUUUGCUGACUCAAUCAGAGGCCUACAAUGUACACUUCUUGUACUCGUAAAAAGACAACACAAACAGAAAACACAGCAUCAUGGGAUUCUCUCUGUGGUUCUCAACAUAUUACAGAAAUUAUAUUGCAAGGUUGUUGUACCAACUUUUUCACAAUGCGUACAAUCAUGUACGUCCGAUCUUGUAGCUGGCCACAUUUCUGUUUCUUUGGAUGUAGAAAUGAGUCUUUAUGCCUCUUAUGGUAAGUGGAUUUCUCCUUGUACGGUUGUGAAACAUCUGUCCAGUGUUGUGACUCUGGAAAGAAUAAGUACUUCUUCAAUUCUCCAGAACUGUCAUCAAACCAUUAAUUUAUGCUGCAUUCAUGUCAGCUCAGAAUUCAUUAUAAUCAAGUUUCAACUUUUGAAUUAAAAAUUAUUUAUAAUGACUAAUUGGUUCAUUCUGUGGUGGUCACUCAGAGCACUACAGUUACAGUAUAGUAUAGUAUAUAGUAUAUUAUUAUUAUAUUAUAUGAUCAUACUCAAUGAGGGAUUUUUUGUAUUCAAGUUUCAGUGACUCAAAAAAUGUUUUUUAUGCAUAGUAAUAUACUGUUGCAUGUGUUGUUUUGUGUGCUGCCAACCACUGUUUUACAAUAAACCGCUAAAAACAGUGAG